AUGGAAGCAGAAGGUAUUGAACAACGAUCAGCAGGUAACCUUCCCACUGUUUGGGAUGUUGAACUCGUCAAGUCCUUCACCACACCCUACUCAUUCGAGAACCAUGUCACUCGUCUUGAGGAACUUAAGCAAGGUGCUGGGGAUUUACUUGCUAGCAUGAAAGAACCACGUGACCAACUGGAUCUGAUCAAUACAAUGCAACGCUUAGGAGGGGCUUACCACUUUGAGAAGGAUAUCAAGGAUAUUCUCGCUAAACUUGUUGAUGCCAACAUUGCCACUGAUCUUUACACUGCCGCCUUGCAAUUUAGACUUAUACGUCAAAAUGGUUUCUUCAUUGGUACAGAUCUGUUUAAUAAGUUCAUGGAGAUAGAUGGAAAAUUCAUGGACAGCUCACGAGAAGAUGUUAUUGGGCUAUUGAGUUUACACAAAGCUUCUUACCUUGGGAUGCCAGAAGAAGAUGUUUUAGACGAGGCCCUGAAUUUUAGUACAAAACAUCUGUUAGUGCUAAAGAAGACUAUAGCUCGGCAAAUACAACAAUCACUGGAAUAUCCACUGCACUGGAGGAUGCCUUGGACAGAAGCACGAGAUUUCAUUGCUAUCUACCAAUAUGAUGAUAAGAUGAAUUUGGUUUUGCUCGAGCUUGCCAAGUUGAACUACAAUAUCAUGCAAUCUGUUUAUCUGAAGGAGGUACAGGAACUAGUGGAGGGGUGGAGGGACUUGAACUAUAAGGAAAGGCGACCUUUCGCUCGGGAUAGGCUACUUGAGUCUUAUUUUUGGGCACUGGGGAGUUGCCCUCCGGGGCCCCAAUUACCCCUAUUGAGGAGGAACCUCGCGAAAUUCGGAUUCAUGGGAACAGCCUUAGAUGACAUAUUGGACGUAUAUGGCUCACUUGAUGAGCUUGAGAAGUACACAGAUGCAGUAAAUAGAUGGGAUCUUAAUAAGGCAAUGGAGGAACUUCCAAGAGUACAUGAAAGUAUCCUCAGCCAUGUGCAACCAUGUUAG